AUGCGAGCAUACUCGGCACCAGGGAAGGCGUUAUUGGCGGGCGGCUAUUUGGUGAUUGAUCCACAAUACUCAGCGUAUGUUACAGCACUUUCAGCAUGUAUGCAUCUGGUGGUGACUUCCACAAAAAGCCAGGACCACUCAAAAGUAACAGUGAAGUCGCCUCAAUUUGAACAGGGAUUGUGGGUAUACAAGCUAAUUCGUUCAGAUCAUGGUUGGGAAGCGCAUGAGAUCCAAGGGAGAACAAACCCGUUUUUGGAAGCGACUCUUGUCACGGUGUGGAACUAUUGGGGUGAUGUAGACCCGGUUGCAUUCGACAUUACUAUCUACCUGGACGCAGGGUUCCAUGCCCCUAGUGAAUUGAUCAAACAAUCGUCUAAUGGAUCCCAAAAGUUCUACUUCCAUGACAAGGAAAUCAACAAUGUUCCUAAAACGGGCCUUGGUUCAUCGGCAGGUCUUGUGGUGGUCGUGUCUGCAGCAUUACUCGGAGAGUUUGUCCCAGAUAUUGGUAAGCAGAAAGACCUCUUACACAAUAUUGCCCAGGUAGCUCAUUGCCUGGCACAAGGAAAAAUUGGUUCGGGUUUUGACGUUGCGGCAGCUGUUUAUGGGUCGAUCAAAUUCCAAAGAUUUGAUCCCAAACUUGUCGAGUCUGCAAUCAACAAGCCUUCUGAGGUGAAAUCUAUCUGCGAUCGGCCAUGGAAGUUUGGUCACGAACCUAUCAGCUUGCCGCCUCGUAUUAAGUUGUUAAUGGGUGACGUGUCCGGAGGAAGUAACACUCCUAAAUUAGUGUCACAGGUGCUUCAAUGGAAGAAAGAUAAAUCCGCAGAAGCUUUGGAGAUCUACACACAACUCAACGACGCCAAUGAACGAUUUAUGGCCUCGUUGACAAAGCUUCAAGAACUAGCUGAUGCGGAUCUGGUCGCAUAUGAAAAGUCUGUAACUGGUAAAACGAGUCCAUUAAUCUUGGAGCUCUCGUCGAAUAUUGCCGAUAUACGCCGUUGGAUUCGUGAAAUGACACAGAAAUCAGGUGCCGCCAUCGAACCUUCUGAGCAAACCGACUUAUUAGACGCUUGUUCAGGGCUCUCUGGGUGUAUUGGCGGGGUUGUUCCCGGUGCGGGGGGGUAUGACGCCAUUUGCGUGCUUGUUCUUGAGAACAAAAUUGAUGAGUUCAAAGCAGAAUUUUCACUGAAAUCUCAAUACAGCAACAUUAAUUGGCUUGACCUUGAAGAGAGGCUGACAGGGAUCCAGAUGGAAAUUCCCAAUAAUUACCAUUUUACUUAG